AAUCCACUGAGAUAGAUAGUGGCGAAAUCACGUCUUAUCAUAUUUCCUAAUCUUAUUCUUAUCUUCAAUAACACAGUUCGUAUCAUCAUUAAUUGAUAGUUGUCCGAUUGACAUGUCAGCAAAGCAAAUGCAAUGCACGGGCAUAUUUUUAAAAGUAAUUUUUUAAACUUUUUUCCCUAACAGUAUCCGAUAACCGAUAGUAUUACAUUUUAAAUAUCUACAUUCAAGUAGAAACAUACUAUCGUAACUAAGUAUGUACUCGAAUUAAAUAUAUUACAUGCUCUACAUUUUUAGAACAAAACAGUUAACUAAACAAUAACGAUGGAAAAGCAAACCGAUGAUCGAGUCAAGUCCAAGACCAAGAAACAGACAAAGAAAAAGAACAAGACUGAAAGUACUGAAAUUCAGGAAAAAAAACUUGAAUGUGUUACUAAAAACCAUGAAACCAACGAACAAAAAUUGAUCAAUGAACAAAAACUAAACGAUGAACAAAAAUUAAUCAACGAACAAAAAUUAUUCAUUGAACAAAAACCUGAUAUAUUUAACAAUUUUAAAAUAAGUAUUGAAAUUAAUAUACUGGCAGUAAUACUAUUUAUGUCUGCUCUGUCAUCAAGAUUUUUUAAACUUGAUCAACCUCGUAAUGUUGUAUUUGAUGAGCUCCACCACGGAAAAUAUGUUAGUUUAUAUAUGAAGCGAACAUUUUUCUUUGACACUCAUCCACCUCUUGGGAAACAAUUAAUAGCUGCUGUUGCAUAUUUAUGUAAUUACAAUGGUCAAUUUAAAUUUGAAAGAAUUGGAAGUGAAUUUAGUGAUGAUGUCCCAUUAUUUGGUUUGCGUUUUGUACCAGCAUUAUGCGGUAGUUUGAUUAUUCCUGUUGCUUAUCAAUUAAUGUUGGAACUAGGAUGUCGGCAUUGGUGUGCUGCUCUUGCUGCAUUUCUUCUUCUUUGUGAAAACACGUUAUUAACACAAUCUCGAUUCAUCUUGAUGGAGUCAAUACUAAUAUUUUUUACAUUAUGUGGAUUAUUAUUUGUGCUUAAGUAUAAAAGACUGAACAUGAAAUCACCUUGGGCAUUGACUUACUUAAUAAUUGCUUCUGUGUGUCUAACUAUGGCCACGUGUGUCAAGUAUGUUGGACUUCUCUCGUGGCUUUUGAGCUUAUGGAUUAUUUGUAGAGAUUUCUGGGUUAAUCAUUUGGGUGACAAACGCCUAUCAGAUUUUACUGUUUUCUUAUGUGUAAUAUUAAGAUGUAUUAUUACAUUUGUGAUAUCCGUUGCCAUUUAUUUCUCCGUAUUUUUUAUUCACCUGAUAAUUUUGAACAAAGCCGGUCCACAUGACAGUGUUAUGACAAGUGCCUUUCAAGCUAGCCUAGAAGGUGGACUAGCAUCUAUAACUAAAGGUCAACCUUUGCAUGUUUCUCAUGGAUCACAAAUAACAUUACGGCAUACACAUGGAAGGACAUGUUGGCUUCACUCGCAUACACAUGUUUAUCCUAUCAAAUAUGCUGAUAAACGAGGAAGUUCUCAUCAGCAACAAGUUACAUGCUAUACAUUUAAGGAUGUAAAUAAUUGGUGGAUAGUUAAAAGACCAGAGAGAAACACAUUAGCAGUGGAAAAUACAAAGGACCCUGAUGGUAUAAAACAUGGGGAUAUUAUUCAGCUAGUACAUGGAAUGACAAGUCGUGCUUUAAAUUCUCAUGAUGUUGCAGCACCUGUAUCACCACAGAAUCAAGAAGUAUCAUGUUACAUUGAUUACAAUGUUUCUAUGCCUGCUCAAAAUCUGUGGAAAGUAGAAAUAAUCAAUCGUGAUCAAUUUGGGGAUGUUUGGCAAGCUAUAAAUUCACAGGUAAUACUAACUCAUUUAAAUUCAACACAAGCAUUGAAGUUUAGUGGUAGACAGUUACCAGAUUGGGGAUUUAAUCAGCACGAAGUGGUUACAGAUAAGAUAAUAUCUCAAGAUGAUACAGUGUGGAAUGUUGAAGAACAUCGCUAUACUAAAAGUGAAAAUGAAAAAGAAAGAGAACGUGAACUUGUUGCUGCUGAAAUGAUACCAUCAAAAGGAACAAAAUUGGGACUUUGGGAAAGAUUUUGGGAAUUACAAUACAAAAUUAUAUUUUCUUCACCAAACACACAAAAUGUUCAUUCACAUAUGUAUAGCAGUGAACCCCUUGAUUGGCCGUUAAUGGUACGAGGAGUGGCUUAUUGGUUAAGUGAACAUGAUAAUGGACAAAUUCACCUGUUGGGAAACAUUGUUGUAUGGUAUUCAUCGACAUUAUGUCUAUUGUUAUAUUUAUCAUUCUUUGCUUUUUAUUUACUGCGCCAAAGAAGACAAAUUUAUGAUUUAUCCUUUGAUGAAUGGGAACAAUUCAAAACAAUUGGAGAAGUAUUAGUAGUUGGAUAUGGCUUACAUUAUAUUCCAUAUUUUUUUAUUGAUCGUACAUUAUUUUUACAUCACUAUUUGCCUGCUCUUGUAUUUAAGAUAUUACUGUGUGCUGCAUUUAUGCAACACCUAGCAAAUAUUGUGAAGGAAAAACUGAUUCCGAGAUUUAUUUUUCAUUUAAGUCUUUGCAUAUGGAUUUUAAGUGUUAUGUAUGUAUUUAAAAAGUUUAUUGUAUUCAGUUAUGGAACUACUCCUUUAACAUCUAAAGAAGUUUUUAAACUACGAUGGAAAGAUACUUGGGACUUCAUUAUUCAUAAACCAUAAGUGUAAUAUUUUGGUGAUUAUACUUAUAUGUUACUUAACCCAUUAACUGGUAGAUUGACUAUGACAGAAGUUGUUAAAUAUAUUUUUAUUAAUAUUCUAGUAUUUUUUAACUGUUAGAAAAUAUGCAUUAUGUCACAUCCACUAAUAUGUUCAUUAGUCAAUACAAUUUUUUUUACAUUAAGAAUUAAAAUACAUUUUAAUACAUUUUAAUUAGAACCUAAAUUAAAUAAAAAGUAUAUUAUUAAUGUUAAGUAUAGUAGGCGCAGACUUAUAAUUGGCAAUUUAUGUAUAGCUUGUCUUUCCAGUCUAUUUACAAAUAAGUGAAAAUUAUGCUCUCUUAUAUGAUAAUAUUUUUAUUAUAAGCUAUACUUUAUUCAACUUAAGAGUACACCAGUUUGCGCAUAGGCAAUUAAUUACUACGUUGCCGGACCCCUUGAUUAAUUGGUCAGAAACAAUCGUUACCAAAUGUGUGCUCUCAUCGUAGACCGGUGGUAUAAGGGGUAAGAAUAAGGGUUGGAUGGGUGAAUGGAGGCAGUGGUACCCAUAACUGGUUAUGGCAAGUCAUGCACGUACACAAUAUGUUUUCGUUUAUCGCCCGGUAUACUCAAGUUGAAUAGAGAGAGAGUUGAAUAAGUUCCGUUUAAUGUGAUCACUUGGUGCUGAUUAUUUUGAUUCUAUUAACCCGUUGAUUAUAUAAAACAUUUUUUUUAUUAUUAUUCUUUAUUGUCUCACUUCAAAUAAAAUUAAAAUAACGCAAAAGAAUAUAUUUAAACUAUCAAUUUUAUUUUUUAGAAAGGAUUUGAGUGACUUCUAAUUUGAUUUUGUAAUUUGAUUUUCAUAUUAAUUUGAAAUCAAAACCCAUAUAUAUAAUUUUCCGUUUCUAUUUUUGAGAAAAAUGCACAUUUUUUUCUCCAAAUACAUCAAUUUGUUAUGAUUUUUGAAAUUUUGUUUAAUAUUAGCUAGAUAAUUUUCAAAAGUAAUGUGGCUUCUCUUUGAGUACAUUUUUCCAACUUAUUAAAAUGGUAAACAUUUUUUUCUUUUAAUGAUAAAUCUUUCUGUUUGCUUAGCGUAAUGUAACAACAUUUUUUUGAAUAGAAACUAUAACAAUUAUACUGAACAACGGGAUGAAUACAGCGAUAGGCUUAAAAUACAAUUGUAUACCUAAUACCUAUACCAGCUGUUGUUCUUCUGACAUAAUGCGUUUGAAAACCUAUAAUAUUGUUUAUAAAAGUGAUUCAAUUAUCCGGCACAUAAAAAUUCUAAUAAAAAGUUAAUUUAACACUCGUAACAUAAGAUUUGGUUUAGGUUUAUCCUUUUUGAUUUCAAUUAAUGGUUGAUUCUAUAAACUUCACUUUAUAUAAUUUCAAUAACAUUUUGAACAAUUAAUGGUAAAGAAUAGUAAUUUAUAUUAAAACAAUAAUAUUUAAUGAUUAUUACUUAAAUCUAAUAUUAUUCAUAAAUAUUUUUAUUUCUAAUAAUAGAUAAAUUUGUUGAAUCUCUAUGGUUUUUACCAUUUUUUAAGAAUAUAUUGUAUCCAUUUAUUGUGAAUAAAUAUUUUCUCUUUUUUUCUGUUGUUCAUAAUAUAUACCAUCAAAGAUACAAUAAAAUUGUUGUCAUGCACACACCUGACAUUUUAUCACUUAUAUUCGAAACCUUUUAUUACUACAUUGAAGGGACCAGUAAAAAAAUUAUGCUUUUUUUAAAUAAUUUUGACAAAAUGUUAUUAUAUAGAUCUCUACUGGGUUCCAACAAUUGUUGGUAUUGUACCACUAAUAUCAGUAUAAAAUAUAUUUAUACUGUGUGUAUAAUAAAAGAUUACUACAGUCUUUGUACUUGGUAGUUUUUAGACUAAAUUAUCUUGAAAGUACUGUAGGAUUUUGGUUAGACGGAUUUUACUUUUGAUUCAUCAACAAGUUUUAUUCUAAGUGAUUUCCAUUAUUUGUUUUUUUCCAACUGAACUAUUAGAUAAUUUAAACAGUAUUUCUUAUAUUUUUAUUUUUUUAUUUUUUUAUUAUUUCAUAAUUUUAAUGGUUUUUAAAAUCAAAACAUUUUUGUUAUGAUACAAAUAACUACUUGUGUAAUGUGUAUUCAACUUAAAUUGUAUUUCUUUAUUUUAAAUAGAUUAUUAAAAAAAUAUUUUUUAAACAAUCAGUCAUAAGAAAAUUAAAGAUUGAAUAAAGUUAUAUUAUUAUUGAUUUUAUUUGUAGUAUAUUAUAUUUAUUUAUUAAAAGUAUAUUAUGUUAUAUUUAUAUUUUUAUUGAACAAAAUUAUACAGGGUAUUAUAAAACAUAUUAGUAUUACUAACCUAAUUUUAAAUAUUUAUAAAUUAUUAAUUUAAUAUUAAGUUACUUCUAUAUCAACGGUAUUUUGUUAAAAGGGCGUAUACCAAAUUUUACUUUUUUUCAGGAAACAAAUAAAAAUGAUUAAAUACUCAAUUAAUUUUAAGAUAGAACAUUAAUUUAUACAUUUUAUUAAACACGAGACUCCAUGGAACUAAAAUUGCUUAUGAAAUUGCUUAAACUAAAUGUAUGUUUAAUGUGAUAUUCAUUUAAAAAAAUUCUUUCUAAAAACAUAUAAUAAUAGUGGUAUAAGUCCUUUUAACAUUUUCAUUUCUACAAACGCCCUUUUAAUUUUAUACAGUAUUUGUAUAUAAUAAUUAUAUACGAAUACUGUAUAUAUUAUAUACAUUAUACUAUCUAUUAACUUGUCGGUUUAGUGUUAACUGAUAAUAUGAAAUUGGAGAGAAAUUUGUUAUCGAGUGAACACUUUCAUAAUUAUUCUUAUAAACUGUGAAGGUUGCAAACAAUUAGCAUGCAUUCGGUGUGGUAUAAGCCCUUUCGACAGUUCUGUGUAGAUUAUUUUAAUUUUUAAAAGGGCGUCUGCAUAAUAUCUUGUAUUUGGUAUUGCUGUCUUAUUUUUUUCAGUAGAUAUAUACGCCAUUUUACCAGAAUAUGCUCGUGAUUUUUCUGAAAAUGUAGAUAACAAAAAUGUAUUUUUCGGUUUUGUGUGGUAAACGCCCUUUUAACAAAAUACCGUUGAUAUGAAGAUAUUUUUAUAAAUAAUAGUCAAGUACACACUGUUAAUUACAUUUCAUAUUAUUGGUUACUGAAUUAAUUUAUUAAAAUGAAACUAAUUUUUAACUUAUGUUUAUUGAUAGAUUAAUAAUUAUUCAAUUGAUAUGUUAUUUUAUAGUUAAUUAUUAUCACAUACAUUAACAGUUAUUAAAUUAUUAAUUAGAAUAUAUUUAAUUUUCUUUGUCUUUUUCAUAGUUAUUUAUGGACCGUUUAGGUCCAUUGCUGCAAGUACUAAUUAGAUCCAUUUAUCUACCUCAUUCGCUAAUUGUUCUCCAAUUUUUACUCCUGGCAUAAAAAAAAGUAAAACUUCUAAUUACACAAAUAUUAUUUUUAUUCCUUUGUGUAUGUUGAUGUUCUCGUUAAUGUCCAUCCCUAACUCCUAACUAUUUGAAAAUUGUCACCCUUUCAAAAUUAUAUUUAUAUACAUUGAGUAUUGUCCUUAGGUUAUGUCUCAUGACUAUCAUGUAUAAGUGUUGAGUUUCUCCUCUUUUACUGUUAACCCAAUAAUACAUUUAUUUCAAACUAUUUAAUUAUUAAAUAUUAUUUACAUUGUGUGUAUUUGGCUAAUAGAUUUAUAUUGUUUCCUUAUUGUGAUUUAUACAGUAGGUACAUAUAUUUGUAAUGCUAAGGUUAUUAUUAGAUAUUAUUCAAUGUAAUUUAUUUUUUGUUAUAGCCAUAUUUUUGUAUGUAAAUUGUUAUACUUUUUUUUUUGACAUUUUUAUUGUAUACGUAUAUAUAGAUCUGAAAAACAAAUUUUUUUCUUACAAAAAUGUAUGAUUUGUUUAUACUUCAUACUUAAUAUAAUUUUUUUGAAAACAAUUAUUUGAAAAUAUAAUAAAUUAUUGAUUGUACAAUUACUUUUGCCGUAAAUAAAUAGUAGGAAUAAAUUAAUGAAGAGUGAGUCAUACUGUGUGCGUCAAUGUUGAACAAUAUUGUUUUUAUCCCUUCCACACAUAUUAAAAUAUAUU